AUGCUCUCGUAUCGUUUGAAAAGGACGUGCGCCUCGCAGGUGAGGACCAAAUAUCAUCAAGUCUAUCAUCGUCAUUGUCCGAAUCAUGUAGACUUUAAUCGCCAUUUAUUAAGUAUUGAGCAGCAAGUCGAGCGUCUUCAAGCAGAAGAGCAGGCUGCGGCCGCUGCGGCGAGCAUGAGCAGACGUGUCGCAUUCACCCCGGCUCCGAUUUCGGGUCCCAACUCCGAUUUAAACGAAUCAGGCGCAUCAGACACGUAUAUGCGGCUCAAUGUCGGCGGAAAAUCGUAUCUUGUUCGUGUCGAAUUAUAUACAACCGAAUGGACGAAAAUGCACGAAUUACUCGAUUCGUCACACGAGAAAAGGCUGACAAUGGUUGAUGGAUUCGACGAAAAAACCGGAGAAUAUUAUUUGGAAAGAAACACAAAGCUUGUUGAUCAUGUUAUGGACUUUUUUGUCACUGGGAGUCUUCAUAAACCACAAAAUGUGUGUCUGGAAAGGUUUAAAGAAGAGCUCGAGUUCUGGAAAAUCGGACCGGAUCAGCUGUCAGCGUGCUGCCAACUUCCAAACGAGAAUUGCCGCAAAGUCUCACGAGGACAUUCGUUCAAUGAAGACGAUUUUCUCGCCGACUUUGAUGGUGCCAUCCUGUGCGAUGCUCGACUAGCCAUCUGGAAAUUUCUUGAAGAUCCACAAUCCUCUCUGAUGGCUGCCGUAUUCGCACUUCUCUCCGUUUUCUUUGUAUUCGCUUCGGUUGUUGGAUUAAUUCUCGGUUCGAUGCCUGAAUUUCAAAUGGAUUCCUCAAAUGCGGCUGCUUAUCAUUUAAUGCAUGUUCGAAGCAAAGCCAACGAAGGAAACAAAUUUGAUGCGACUGAAACCCCGAUUCUUCCGUCGGAUUUUGUCUACAAACCAACUGAUUCGCCAAAUUUACCCCUCACUAUUCUCGAAUAUGUGUGCAUUUCUUGGUUCACAUUCGAAUAUUUAAUAAGAUUUAUCAUUUAUCCGAGAAAGAAGCAAUUCAUCAAGAAAACAUUGAAUAUCAUUGAUCUCUCGACAAUUCUUCCGUUUUAUCUCGAACUUUGUCUUCCCUUAUUUGGAAUUGAAUCGAGAUUGAAAGAAUUCACCGGCGCAAUGCUGGUUGUUCGCGUUUUGCGAGUUCUUCGAAUGGCGAGAGUGUUCAAACUAGCGCGCUACAGCACCAGUCUGCAGACAUUCGGCCACACAUUGAAAUCAUCUAUCACCGAACUGAGCAUGCUGAGCAUGUUUUUGAUAACUGGAAUUGUGUUCUUUUCCACAAUAAUGUAUUAUUUGGAAAAGGAUGAACCCCACACAGAUUUCUACAGUAUUCCUGCCGGUUGUUGGUGGUGCGUGGUGACAAUGGCAACAGUAGGCUAUGGAGAUGCGAAGCCCGUAACAACACUAGGUAAACUCGUAGCAACGUCGACAUCGAUCUGCGGAAUCAUUGUUCUCGCAUUUCCAAUAUCAAUGAUUGUCGAGAAAUUCGCGUCAGCGCAACAAAGAGCAAUUGAAGACCAACAAAUGCAACAAGCACAAAUGUCAGCAGUCGCGAAUAAUGCGCUUCUUCGGCGAUUUCCGACUCGUCGAAAAGUUCGAAGAAAUGCGCAAAAUGCGUGA